GAGAGAGAGAGAGAGGGAGAGAGAGAGGGAGCAAUAAGAGGGAAGAAGGGCAUGAAAUGGGUUCAGUUCACCCAUUCAAACACCAAUCUCACUCCUUCGCAAAGAAGUUCUUACCCUGGACUCUAUAUGCUCUCCUUCCUAUAGCCCUUAUUCGCUUAUACUUCUAUCCCAUACCCCACUCCCUCUCUCCAACUGAUCAGCUUCCUCCCAACAACCCCAUUAUCAUCACCACCCCUUCUCCUUCACAAGAAGAGGAAAGAAGUCAUGUUCAAAUAGCAUGUGACUAUUCCACUGGCAAAUGGGUCCACGACAAGAAUGGCCCUUUGUACAAUGGUACAAGCUGUGGUACUAUUAAGGAUGGUCAGAACUGCCUGAGCCAUGGAAGACCUGACAAGGGUUACCUCCACUGGAGGUGGAGGCCAAAGCAGUGUCAACUAGCCAGGUUUGAGCCAACCAAUUUUCUCCAACUUCUCAGGAACAAACACUUAGCUUUUAUAGGUGAUUCCAUGGCCAGAAACCAACUUGAAUCACUCCUCUGCAUGCUAGCCACUCUCUCUCCUCCUCAGCUUAUUUACAGAGAUGGUGAAGAUAACAAGUUCAGGAAAUGGCAUUUCCCUUCUCACAAUGUCAAUAUAUCAGUUUACUGGUCACCAUUUCUUGUAAAAGGUGUUGAAAAAUCAAACAGUCAAAAUUACAAUAAACUAUACUUGGAUUCUGUGGAUGAAAGAUGGGUCUCUGAUUUGGAUCAUAUUGACAUGGUUGUUUUGUCGAUGGGGCAUUGGUUUCUUCAUCCAGCUGUUUAUUUUUAUGGAGAUUCAGUACUAGGUUGCCAUUACUGUCCUGGCCAAAACUGCACAGAGAUUGGGUUUUACCAGGUUUUUGGUAAGGCAUUUAAGACAACCCUUGACACCAUUAUUGAAAAGAGAGCUUCUAGUGGCAUACCAAUUGAUGUAAUUGUGACCACAUUUUCACCCUCUCAUUUUGAAGGUGAUUGGGACAAGCUUGGGGCUUGUCCCAAAACAGAGCCAUAUAAGGAGGGAGAGAAGAAGCUUGAAUGGAUGGAUGAAGAAAUGAGGAAAGUUGAGGUGAGAGAGGUUGAGGAAGCUAAGGAAAAAGGUGAGAGAUUUACAAAUUUCAGGCUUGAGGCAUUGGAUGUGACCAAAUUGUCCUUGCUGAGACCUGAUGGCCAUCCUGGACCAUAUAUGUACCCUUUUCCAUUUGCUAAUGGUGUUACAGAGAGGGUACAUAAUGACUGUGUCCAUUGGUGUCUACCAGGGCCUGUUGAUACUUGGAAUGAGAUUUUGUUGGAUGUAAUGAAGAGAUGGGAGGGUCAAUCCAGGAGUGGACGAUAAGGCUCUUUAUAUAUAUAUAUAUAUAUAUAUUAUGGCUACACGUAUGAAGAGAUGGUAAUGUCAAUACUGGUUUUUGGCCAUAUGUGUGGUGAUUGU